GUCGCCAAGAAGGAGGGCAAACAAGAGCUUUAUCUGUGUUGGAAAUAAGUUCUGCGUCUACAUUGGAUUUCCCAUUACAUGACGAUGUAAUACUGAAUUUAGCUGAAGACGCAGAGAGAAUACUCCCCGAUGAAGAAGAUCUGAUCACAAUGUCUGCUGCAUCCGUGUCGUGCAUUAUCUGUAAAGAAAUCCUUAUCAGUGAUGUUGCAUCAGGCCCUUGUGGCCAUAUGUUCCAUAACAAUUGCAUUAAGCAAUGGAUACAAAAGUCUGCCACUUGCCCUCAAUGCCGUGCAAAAGUUACCUUGGGUAAAGUAUUAAAGUUGUAUCCUACAUUCACUGAUGAAGCUAUGGAUGACGUGGGUGACCUACAUAUGCAGCUUGAGGACAGGACACGCAAAUUAAAAGAAAGUGAAGAAAAAUGCGAGAGCCUUAGUUCGCAACUUGUUAAAACUGAAGCUACACUUGAAAAAACUCGGCAAAUGAUGUAUGAAAACACCAUACGUGAUAUGAGAAUCGAGGCGUCUCUUGUCGCUGUGACUGAACAAGCAAAAUAUUUAAAGGAAGAAAAUAAAAAAGUGAAGAAGUUGCAAAAAGAAAAUGUUCUUUUGAGCGACAAACUUACAACGUUACAUGGGUUACAAGUAGUCCUGGACGGUACUGAGAAAGAUGUUGAAGAAAUGACAAAAACAUAUACUGAUAUAAAAAUGAUUGCAACAUUUGCAAUUGCUUUGAAAAGGGCUCUUACUGACACUGAAAAAGAAAAAUCUCAACUGAUGGCGAAGCUAAAAUUACUUACGCAAGAGUUGCAAUUAGAGAAGGGUAAAGGUCAACUGUCAGCUAGGCGUUCUCCAGAUUAUGACUCAUUGCAAGACACUCAUAGAAGCCCUUUGGUUAAAAAAUCAUCACCGCAGAAACGUAAUCCUAAAAUGAAGGCAAAAACUGCUGCUCACGUAGAACCGAAUGAAUAUCUAAAAAAAAGGAAAAUCACUUCAUACAGUAGCGACAUGGAUGGCGAUAGCAGUGAUAGCGUCGAUAGCAAUAUCGAACUCUAUAGGCAGAUCCGCCCGAGACGUGUGGCGCAGAAUAGUCCAUACUCUCCUUACGUGCAAGUCAAGCAGGGGUGGCUUGGCACUAUAAUGAAUAAGAACAAAAAACUGGCACCAAAAGCCAAGCAAAAUCGUUAGGUUGAGCACAAUCAACUGUUACAAUUGUACGUAUAGAGUCAUAAUUACAGGCAGUAUUAAUAUUGUACUAUUGUCGUCAAUCGUUUGCCGCUUUCAAUUUUCAAGUCUAACAGAAAAUACUAAAAGUGGUCUUAACCAGGUAAGGCUGAAACUGGGUUUAAGGUGUGUGUAUAAGUAUGUGAUUUAGAUUUUCAUUAAUAGGAUUUGUUUCUAUCAUUCCUUUGAUCAUUGCUGCAUUUAGAUCUUGCACCAUUCCAUGUUAUUAAAAACCAUCCACAUGAAACUUGAAGAAUCAUUUUAUUAAUUAUUCUUCAAGUUGUAAAAAUGUAAAACAUUGUAAUAAGUACAAUGUAUGUACAACAAUGUAAAAAUUUAAAUCCGAAAUAAUUUAUUUGACUGGCAGUACAAAAUAAACGAAAAUACAAUUUAAUAAUAAACACGUCAGAUGGGAUAGGUUAUUUUCAAUCGUAUUUUCGCUUAGCUAUAGGCUCAACUCACACUGGCGCAGAGUCGAAGCGU